AUGUGGAAUGACAUCGAGCUCCUGCUCAGCGAUGACACUGGCAGUGCACAGCUCCCUGUGGGCUUGGGACAGGAAUGUGGCACUGCCUUGUACCAGGUGGAUACUCUGCUGCAGAUCACAUCUUCAGAGCAGGUGUCAGCUAACCCAGAGCUCUCUGGGUGCAGCUCCAGGGGUGGCAGCAUUGUGGUUGUUGACAGAUCAGUGGUUCUCCUGGACAGCACUGGGCUGUCCCUUCAGAUGCACGUUCAGUUUGAUACUAAUGUGGAUGUAGCUGGUGUAUGUCAAGAAAAGCAAUUCCUUGUGGUUGGGGAGAGAAGUGGCAAUAUCCAUUUGAUUCACAUUCCAUCAAAGCAAAUUUUGCUCACUGAGAUUUUGGCUGAAAAAUCCUCAAGAGAAAAGACUUUCUUAAAUCUCUUGAUUGUAAAAGAUGAUGCACACACAGGUGUUUAUCACAUGUUCAUUCUCACAAGCAACGGAUUCUUCUGCGUGAUGUGUCUCCCACUUGGCAGGACACAGGAAGCAAUUGAGAAGAUGGAGAUGAUUACAGCAAAGGAACUGCAGGGGCAGAUAAGGACAGCUUUCAUCUCCACGGAGCAGUACCACAGCCUGGGCUGCCACAGCUUCGUGAUCAGCAGCUCAGGGAGCAGAAUCCAUCUGGUAAUCGGGGGUAGAGGUGACUCUGUGCUCUCCAAGUGGGAGGUGAACACAGCCACUGCUGUGGUGUCUGUGAGGAGUUUGGCUGAUUCGAGUCUCAUCACAGAUGCAGCAAAACUUCAGGUCCUGGACAAUCUGCUGUUUGUUUUGGACACUGAGAAUAUUUUGAGCCUGUGGGAUGUUCAUUCCCUUACUCUGAUUUGGGAUUGGCCUUCAAUACACAUUGAAGAAUUUCUUCUAAGUACUGAGUCAGAUUCUUCUCAAGUCACAUGGCAAGGACUGGCCAACAGUAAACUGAUUGUCAUGACAGCACCAGACAACACACAGAUGAGAAGUCUAAAGGUUUUGGCAUUGCCCACUAUGGAACUGCUUUAUUCCUUGGAAGUGUCUGUGGUUUCUUCCCUUGUUCAAAGUGGGAUCUGCACAGACACAAUAUACUUCUUGGAAGGAAUUCAUGAAAAACAUCAGAUGAGCCCUGAAGAACCAGUUUCUAUAGUUGUGAUGAGAAGUUUAACUGAAGCCUUGCCAGAAAACAGACUAAGUCGUUUGCUGCACAAACUCAGAUUCACUGAAGCAGAGAAUUUUGCUAUUCAGUUUGGACUAGAUGUUGAGCUUGUGUACAAAGUGAGAGCAAACACCAUCUUGGAGAAACUGGCUUCAGUCUCAGUGGGGGGCUCUGGGCAGGAAGUCUGGUCAGAUCUGGUGAAUGAAGCCAAAGAAAACCUGCAGAAAAUCCAGGACAGCCAGUUUGUCGCGCAUUACUGCAUCAAUGCUCCGUGGCCUCUGUAUGAAACCACUCAGGAGAUGCUCAACUAUGCCAAAGUCAGAAUCCUGAAGAAAGAUGACAGAACCUUUGCUCCAUCAUCUGAUGGGGCCCAGGUAUCCAUAACGGAGGUUUUGAGAGCUCAGGCAAGGCUGACAACGUUCUGUGGAGCUUUUGGAGUGGAGAAAUUCAGUGGUAUUGCUUGGAUAGAAUUCCUCAACAAUGAAGACAUAUUCAAGAUCAUCAUUUUCCAGCUAGAGGAAGGCAAUUUCUCCUGUGCACAGUACCUCUGGCUCAGGCACCAGGCAGACUUUGAAAGCAGCUUUGAUGAGACAAUGCUGAAGGACCUGCUCAGUGCCAUCCACUUCACUGCUCCUCUGAAGGAGCUGUGUCUGUGGCUCAAAAACGUGGUGAUCCCCUUCUCCAGAAGACUUGUGCCAAGUGGACAGAGGAUAUUAGCCAAAUGGCUAGAACAAGGUGCUAGAAACCUUGAACUAAUUGACAAGGCAAAUUGGCCCGAAAAUGGACUGAAAAUGGCAGAGAUCUUCUUCACAAAUAAAAGCCAAGGUGACGUGGGACCGACAGCUUUUGGCCAGUGGAGCCCUUUGAGAAGUGAUGACUGUGAAGAGAUACAGAGGCUAAGGAAGCUGGUGAAUGACUUACAAGAGCUGAUAAGUCUGUACAGAAAACACAACUGCAGGUUGCCACUCAGUGAUUUUGAAAAGGAAAAUGCAACAACUAUUGUGUUUCGCAUGUUUGAUAAAAUUUUGGCCCCAGAACUUGUCCCAUCCGUUCUAGAGAGGUUUAUAAAACCUUACCUGUGUGAGCACAACCUGCAAAAGGAUGAGCUGCUUCUGCAGUACAUAAAGGAUUUGCUGGAACGUUGUCGGACACGAUCGACUUCAGUGUUUGAAACUGCCUGGGAGGCCAAGGCAAUAGCUGUGAUUGGCUGCAUCUCUGACACAGGUCUGAAGUUUGAUGCAGUUCUGCAGAUCAUGCAUGGGGCUGUGGUUCCAUGGACUGCAGCAGUGGAGCAGCUGGUGAAACAGCACUUGGAAAUGAAUCAUGUCAAAGUGAAGUUACUGCAGGAGAGCUACAGACUGAUGGAGAUGAAGAAGCUUUUGAGAGACUAUGGGAUAAGAGACACUAAUCUUUUGACAGACAAGCAGAUGAUAAUGAGGCUUGUGAAAUACAUCCUCAAACAAGACACCCCUACUUCUCUGGAGGAUGCUUUGAAACUGGUGGAGGCUUACAUGUUGCCCACUGUGGAAGUUUACCUUCUAAGGAUGAUAGACCUGAUUGACAAGGAAAUGGGAGAAGAGUCUCUGACUUUGUUAAAGUCCCUGAGUCCUGCACCUGCUGAAAAGGUUGCAGAGAGAUUGACUGUGUGGGGAACGUUGGUGUUGCAGAACAAAACGGAGGAUGCUGCAGAGCACAAAACACAAAUGUCUAUGACUAAGACACUGGCGGAAAUCCUUAAGUUCCUGUUCAGCAUCCAAAGAGAUAAUCCUCUGAAGAAGGAUGAGUGUGAAGCAAACCUGAGGAUGUUUGAAACACUUGCUGCUCUGCAGGAAGAUUUUGGUCUCUUCCUGUCAGCUGAGGAAUUCAGGAACCCUUCGGUCAUGGCUGAGCUUCUGGAGAGCCACAUAAGUGCUUCUGAGAGUGCCAGAUCUGUGCCCAAGCCUAGGGCAGGGCAAGCAGUGAGCUGUAACCCAGCAGGAGGCAAAGCCCAGAGCCUUAGCAAGUCGAGGCUGUACAGAUUGGCUGCACUGCUGCAGAAGUCUGAGCAGGAACUGGGAGAAAAACUGGCCCUGAGAGCAUUAGAUGCUGGAAAAGUUGAAGCUGCUGUUAAAAUAUGCAGGGAGUUCUACGAGACUCACUGCGACGAAGGAACGGGGAAGCUGCUGUUUGCAGCCUGCCAGAGGCUCUGCCACAUGCUGGGAGCUGAUGUCCCAGUGAUAACUCCCAAGGAUAUGAACCUCCCAGCAGUGAUCUAUGACCUGGCUUGCCAAGCAGCCGCAGUGUGUGGUCCAGAUUUAUUGUUGGAUUCUCUGGAACUUUGUAAAUACACUUUGACUGCCAAGGAAAUUCACGGACAGUGCGAAAUGGGCAACUAUGGAUUUACAGCAAAGACAGCAGCUUUUGGGGCAGAUAAAGAUCCCUAUGAAGAGUGGACUUAUGAUGACUUCUUCACUGAAGAUAGGAUAGUCCUGGAUCCACAGACAGCUCUUCCAGUUGCAUAUGAAAUCAUUUCUGCUCUUCUGCCUGCUUCUGAGGACAAGCUGUAUCCUUGGGAGUCCACAAGCCUGGCAAACCGUGGAUUCAUGGAAGGCCAGGAGCUCCUGCUGGCAGCCAGAUUGCCCAUCUCUGCUGCCCUGCAGACCCUGCUGGAGUGCAACCAGUGCGAGCUGGCGCUGCGGCUCACCGUGUGCUCCUACGGGUCCUGCCUGCAGCACGGAGUGGCCAGCACCACGGGGCUGGCUGAGCAGUUCUAUGAUGCCAACAUAGCUGCUGAAACCAAAAGCUUCCUCACUGCCAUGAAACAGAAGUGCACUUCAGUGAUCAGGACCACCAUCCUGACCUUACUGCACAAGGUGUUCAACUGUCGUGUCAUAGACCAGCACCUGGCUCUGGGCUACUGCACCAUUCUGCCCAAGGAUGAUGUGUUCAGCAAGCUUUGGGAUGUCAUCAACAACACGUGGCAAAACUACAGAAAAGUCCUGGCAGUGGCUUUGGUUGGAGCACAGCUUGCUGACCAGUAUGGGGAAGCAGAAGAGAAGAGAAAAUUCCAAGAGCUGGUGAUUGAUGCAGAGUGGGGGAUCCAACUUGGUAAAUUUGGGAUUUCUUUCGAGCCAGUGUUCAGACAGCCCCCAGUGAGGAAGAGGGAGCUCAUCAGGAUGCUGGUGCAGAACCCCGAGGUGGAGACAGGGCUCAUCCUCAGUUACUGCAGCACUUUCCUGCUGGACAGUGAUGCUGCACUGCAGCUCUGCAUUGAAACACUUCUGCUCCAGAAUGCUAACACAAAUCUUGUCAAAGAUGACCCUGCAGAGCCCAGUGAGAAACAGCCUCACUGCACAUUACUGGCCAGAGCACUGGAACUGAUUCCUCUGCUGAAAAGCACCAAAGAGCUGGUCACAAACCUCACUGGGAUAUUGUACAAGUUGGAUCCUUAUGACUAUGAGACUAUUGAAAUUGUCCUGAGAGUGAUGCAAAGUGCUGAUGAGAAGAACACCAGCAUCCAGCUGGGCCAGGCUCUGAGCCUCCUCAAGCAUCUGGAAUCUUACAAGAGAGUUUCUCCCCCUGUGGACCUGGAGCACCAGUACCUGUUAGACCAUGUGCUUCCCUUACCUCCUGCUGCUCACACCAGACUGCCCUUUCACCUCAUAUUCUUCAGAACUGCACAGUGUUUCUGGGGCAUUAUAUCUGCAGAGCUGAGUGAGGAAUCCUUCCCAACACUCCUGUUGAUUUCCAAACUAAUGAAGAUUUCCCUGGACACCUUUUACAUGUCUGCAGCUCGACUUGUCUUUGAAAAGAAACUGAAGCCCAAAAUAUUUGAGAUGAGGAACACAGGCUACACCUCGGUGGUUAACAAGGAAACAACCAAAACUGUGCAGACAAUUCAGUCCUACCUGCUGUCCAUAGUCAACCCCGAGUGGGCUGUGGCUAUGGCUCACAAGAUUGCACAAGAAUUUCCAACAGGUUCUGACCACAUUCAGGCAUUGAAGUUCUGUCUGUAUCUCGCUGAGAAGUGGCUGAAGAACACAGCAGCUAUGGAUGAGUCCCGUGGAAAGGCAAAAAUCCUCCAGAAGAAGUUGUAUUUGCAGUACAAACGAGCAGCAACAGAAAACGUGCUGAUAACACACCACCUGAACACUGGGGAGCAUUUGAAGUCUCUUGGGAAACCAGCAAACCUGAUCACUUUGCUGUAUGAACACCCCAGCAUAGACCGAAGGAUCCAGAAUCCAACUGGCAGAGAUUAUCCAGAUAUCCACGUGGCAGCCAAAGAGAUAGCUGAAAUCAACAACGUGGAUAUGAGCAAAAUUAGGGACAAGCUGCUGGCAAAGUGGCUGUGUCCAAGCUCAGUGCCCUCAGAGCCAACUCCAGAAACCCCUGGGGAUGUGCAGGAAGACGAGCAGCUCCGAAGAGUUGUGUACCUUCUCCAGUCAUGCCCAAUGGACUACAGUUCAAGAAUGCUCUUUGCAAUUACAACCUCUGCCACAUCUCCCAUCGGUGUUGCUCAGGUGACCUUUGCUCACAGGUGCAGAGCACUGAAGUGUUUGCUCUGCUUGGCAGAUACCAACACUGUGGAAUCUCUCUUCAAGAAACCGAUCGAGAAAGUCAAGUAUUUUCUCAAGUGCUGCAUUUACCUGGCAGAGUUUGAAAUCCUGAACAUCCCAUACACCUAUGAAUCAUUUCACACGAGCCCCAAGGAAGGAAUGAUCAAAGGGCUGUGGAGGAAUCACAGCCAUGAGCCCACGGCUGUCAGGCUGGUGACAGAGCUCAGCCUGGAGUACAGAGUCUAUGACUCCCAGCUGUGGAAUGGGCUGCUGCAGAAACUCCUUGGCUUCAACAAGAUUCAGUAUCUCAGGAGAGUUUUGGUAGCAAUUACUGGGAUUCAUUCUCUGUGGGAGAUCCCCAACUUCAGUCGAGCCUGGAGAAGUGUCAUUCUGUCACCACUGCUCACAGCUUCAUGUCCCCCAAGUCCCACACAGCUGGAGGAGUGCUGCGAGGGCUUCGUGGCUCUGCUCAAGUGUCCUGUUCUGGGUGACCUGGAUGUCAUCGGGAUAGCUAAGCAAUAUGCACAGUUGGACCUUCCAGCUUUUGCCCUGGGCUGCCUGAUGCUGAUUCCUCAGGCUGAGAAGAGAGAGCAGCAAAUUCAGGGUUUCCUGGCCACGUGUCACACAGAGGUGGUGCUGCAGCAAAUAGAUGAGCACAUGGACACUGGAGAAGGAGUUGCAUUUGCCUCUCAGAUCAGGUCUGUGGUGUUGGACAGUAUCAUCAGUGAGAAGCUCUAUGAGAAGUUUGUGCACACUGAGUAUUACUCCCUGCUGAAGCAGCGAGUGAUGAGCACACACAGAGUCAAAGAGCUGGUGGAGUAUUUUGCCAAGAAGAACUGCCUUGAGGAUGCAAGAGCUUUGCUUGAGGAGUAUGGAGCGCAGAGUGGGAACCUGACCCCGGCAGACGUGUCCUCAGCUGAUCUCCUCAAGAUGUACCUGAAUGGCUCAGAGGACACUUGUGUGCUGCAGCUGUCACCAGGAAGGCCCUGA